AUGUCGACCUCAAGUUCGUCUACCACGAAGCGGAAGCAAAGAGAAUCAAUUUCUCCACCGGCGGUCAAACGGAAAGUUCAGAGCGGCACGACGAAAAACGCAGUUGCCAACUUCUUCAAACCUACUUCUCAGAAGCCAAAAGAUCGCACAAUAUGGACCGAACGCGCACCGAACGACGACACCCCUGCGACACUGCUCGUUGGCCGCUAUGAACCAGAGGAGCCCCCGACCGAGUCGGAAAAGAGGAGGAAGGUAGCUGCCUUUGACCUGGACUCGACCCUAAUAACAACUGCUUCGGGCAAGAAACAUGCCGACGCCGCCGAGGACUGGAAGUGGUGGCAUGCUUCUGUUCCCGGUAAGCUGCGGGACAUGUAUAACAACGAAGGAUAUCGUAUCGUGGUACUGUCCAAUCAAGCCGGUAUCGUUCUUCACGCCGACCCGAAAGCAAAAACGCCGAAAUCAACAAAAGACCGAGCCUCGGCGUUCAAGCAAAAGGUCAAUGCCGUCUUGACACAGCUCAACAUCCCGACCACGAUAUACGCAGCCACAGAGAAAGAUAUAUACAGAAAACCGAGGCCAGGGAUGUGGAAGGAACUUUGCGCUGAUUAUGACCUCACUGAAGACGUCGACUUGGAGGGGAGCAUCUUCGUUGGUGAUGCUGGUGGUCGCAUUGCGGCAUCGAAAUACUCCAAAGACUUCAGCUGCUCCGACCGAAAUCUUGCCCAUAACAUUGGGAUCACAUACAAAACCCCAGAAGAAUUCUUCCUCAACGAGAAGCCUCGGGACUUUGUCCGAGAAUUCGACAUCGUCCAUUUCCCAUACCCGGAGGACCCCAAUUCAGAGACAUCAAGUGCCCUCUUUGAGAAGAAAAACAAGCAGGACAUUGUUCUUUCCUGCGGUCCGCCAGGUGCUGGGAAGAGCACGUUCUUCUGGAAGUACCUCAAGCCAUUGGGUUAUGAGCGCAUCAACCAAGACACUUUGAAAACUCGAGAUAAGUGCGUGCAAGCCGCUAAGGAGCUACUGAGUGGAGGCCAAUCAAUAGCAAUAGACAACACGAAUGCUGAUCCCGAUACGAGAGCUAUCUGGGUCCAGCUUGCAGCGAAACACGACGUUUCAAUCAGAUGUGUUUGGUUCAAGACACCACUUCAUAUCUGCGAACACAACGAUGCCGUACGAUCCAUGAAUGAAUCCCUUAACCCCGAGUCACGAACGGCAUUGCCUAGGAUGGCCUUCAACGGAUUCAAAUCCCGCUUCAAGGAACCAAAAGUGAAGGAGGGUUUCCAAGACAUCACCGAACUCGAGUUCGCCUUCAGAGGAACUAAGGAAGAGCACGAAGUGUGGGCCAAAUAUUGGCUUUGA